CCAUUCUCAUCCCUCAUAUCCACCCUCUCUCUAGCUUUUCUUCUCUUCCUCCCAAUGACUCAAAACCCUUAAAGAAGCCCAUUUUAAAUUGGAAAAACCAGAAGGAUCUGACCAAUCCCUUUUUCUCCUUCACAGGCUGAAUCAGCUUCGAUUGGGUCAGAUUGAGAAUGACGAGACAGAAGAUUGAGAUAAAGAAGAUUGAUAACAGGGCGGCGAGGCAGGUGACCUUCUCAAAGAGGAGACGAGGGCUUUUCAAGAAGGCUCAUGAGCUCUCAACUCUCUGCGACGCCCAGAUUGCUCUCAUUGUCUUCUCCACCACCGGAAAGCUCUUCGAGUACUCGAGCUCAAGCACGAAGGAGACGCUUGAGAGGCUCAAUCUGCACCCAGAUAGGCCCAACAGAUUAGCACAUCCCUCUCUCGAGCAGCAGAUGGAGAGUAGUAAGAUUGCCAAAUUGAGUGGGGAAAUAGCAGACAGGACCCAUGAACUCAGGCAAUUGAGGGGAGAGGAGCUCCAAGGGCUGAACAUUGAAGAACUGCAGCAACUUGAGAAGCAGCUUGAAGGAAGCUUGAGUCGAGUUAUGGAAACAAAGGGUGAACGAUUUUCCGAAGAGAUCAGCAACCUCAAGAAGAAGGUGAGAUACAUAAGCGCCUAGUGAGUUGUUUAGUAUGCUACCAAUGCUUAGACAGAGUCGACAUUCAUAUAUGGGAUAUGAUUCAUGAGCCGAAAAAAUUGAGGCCAAAAUCAGUGCCAAAAUUUUCCUUUAGUUGAUUCACUUGACCUCGUAUUAUCAACAACGGGGAAUUUUUAGACUUGCUUUUGUAUAUGCUUGGAUUUUUUGGUGUAUAUGUGCAUGAUUUUGUAAGUACAGGGAAAAUUAGUAAACUUGAAUAUGCAGGGAACAGAAUUGAUGGAAGAAAAUGAGAGAUUAAAGCAGCAGAUGAAGAGUGCAUGUAGAUGUGGAGCCCGUCAAUCUAUAUCCGAGCAAGAUCUGCAAAAACAGUCAUCAGAAUCAGCUCCUCAGCUCGUUCGCACCUUAUCUGAUCCUCCUGAGCACGUUGAUGAGGGUUCAGACACCUCUCUCAGAUUGGGGUUACCUUUCCCGAACUGAUAAAUAGAGUAUCUAACCAAUUCAAGGUAGAAAAUGGAGUUGCUCCCUCGGCAAAGACAAUUACGUAAGUGAAGUCAUGGAAUCAUCUUAUUUAAAAUUGCAGAGAUGUGAUGUUUGAGCAAAUACAAGACCCUUCUGCAAGUUGUUUUCUAGUGUUCUUUUUUAAUGUGAGGUAUCACUCAUAUGUGUAACUAUCUGAUGUGUGUGUGGAUCUGUGUGCAUAUGUAUCAUACUUCAUUUGAUAAUUUUAACUCAAUAUUGUUAUUAU